UAUAUAUUAAGGCGAAGGGGAAUAAUAAUAAGAGGAGUCCACACACAUUAUUAGAAGACGACUCAGCCCCUAUCCUCGCCUCCUCUUUCGGACCCUUACCCUCUCCUUUGAGCAACCUAUAUAUUCAGAGAGAGAAAAACCAAACAAAAAAGGAUAUUUGCAGGAGGGAGGCGCACAGAAGCACAAAAUAAAAAUAAAAAAACAAAACAAAAAGAAGACAACGCACCCCCCCCCCCCCCACCCCACAACAACAACGGUUCCUGAAUCACGUCCCUUCUCUCUCCAAUUCGAUCCAAUUUCCUCUUCUUUCCGACGGCCGGCCGAUGACAAGCGGUUGCGCCGCCACCACCAACUCCUCCGGCAGCCCCCGCACCACAGCACACCGCCGCCGCGUCGCCGAUUUCGCAGACGCAGAGAAGGCCCUGGACGUCGCCGACGAGGUCGACUCGGGCGCCGCAAAUGUCGCCGUGUACCACGACCACCCGGUGAUUCGGUACCUCUCAUUGCUGCGGAAGGACACGUGGCAGCCGGACUGGAUGGCGGCGGUGGCCCAGGCGCUGGUGUCGGGGCGCCUGAUCUUUGUGCUGCUGAUGGUCAUGGUCGUCGCUUCGGUGUUCGUGAAGGUGUCGUUCUUCAUAGGCGGCGGCAGUUUGGAGGUGGCGGUGGUGGAGAGGGAUAAGGCGGUGUUUGUUCGGACGUUGAAGGAUGAUUUGGCCGUAGCUCAGCGAGCGGUUUCCGACGUUGAGACGGGCGCCGUCAUGCCCAAGCGGUUAUUGGAGAAGCUCCCGACGCCGGAUAUCUGGAUGAAGCCAAACAGCGAUAGCUAUUAUCAGUGCAUACAGCGGCCAAGGAAUCGCAUUAGGUCAGGCUCUGCCACCAAUGGGUAUCUUUUAGUUCACGCCAAUGGCGGAUUGAAUCAGAUGAGAACCGGAAUAUGCGACAUGGUUGCGGUUGCGAAGAUCAUGAACGCCACCUUGGUUCUUCCUUAUCUGGAUCAUGAAUCGUUCUGGUCUGAUCCCAGCGGAUUCAAAGAUAUUUUCGACUGGGAGCACUUCAUCGAAGUUCUCAGGGAGGAUAUUGAGAUCGUUGAAUCUCUGCCGGACAGCCAUGCUUCGAUAAGGCCCCUUUUGAAGGCUCCCAUCUCCUGGUCCAAGGCUGGUUACUACAGGACGGAGAUGGUUCAGCUGCUGAAGCAGCACAAAGUGAUCAAGUUUACGCACACCGAUUCGCGGCUCGCCAAUAACGGGCUCUCCAGCUCGAUACAGAAGCUCAGGUGCCGGGCGAAUUACGAGGCUCUCAGGUACGCAGCCGAGAUCGAGGAGCUUGGGAGUAGGCUAGUUGAGAGGCUCCGGAAUGAUAGCCAGCCGUAUAUUGCCCUUCAUUUAAGGUACGAGAAGGACAUGCUUGCGUUCACCGGCUGCAGCCACAAUCUGACGGCUGCCGAGGCAGAGGAGCUUCGGAUUAUGAGGUACAGUGUCAAGCAUUGGAAGGAGAAAGAGAUUGACAGCGAGGAAAGGCGACUCCAAGGGGGAUGCCCGAUGUCCCCAAGGGAAGCUGCCAUCUUCCUCAAGGCGAUGGGGUACCCUUCGAGCACAAGAAUAUAUAUAGUUGCAGGGGAGAUUUAUGGCGGGAACAGCAUGAACGCAUUCCGGGCUGAGUACCCGAACAUUUUCUCCCAUUCGACCCUGACAACCGAAGAAGAGCUCAAGCCCUUCGAGCAGUACCAGAACCGGCUGGCUGCCUUGGAUUACAUUGUGGCUCUAGAGAGUGAUGUUUUCGUCUACACCUAUGAUGGGAAUAUGGCAAAGGCUGUGCAAGGGCACCGGAGGUUUGAAGGUUUUCGAAAGACCAUCAACCCUGACAGGCAAAAUUUCAUCGGAUUGAUCAACCAAUUGGAUGAGGGUACCUUAUCUUGGGAAGAGUUUUCUUCCGAGGUUAAGAAGUUGCAUUCAGACAGGCUCGGGGCACCAUAUCUCAGGCUGCGCGGGGAAUCGCCAAGACUAGAAGAGAACUUCUACGCAAAUCCUUUCCCGGGUUGUGUUUGCAACACGAACACGUCUCAGGAAGCCCUUCCCCGGAGACCACACCCGAGGGCUGCUGCCUCACAAAGAUAGUGUUUCUAAACAUUUGGCACAUAGGGUGUAAACUAGGUGAGAGACCUGUUGCUUGGAAGGCGGGUAAGUUGGGUUUUCCAGAGGCUCUCUAAUUUUGACGGUGGCAGCGAACGAGACGAGGCCGUUCGAAGCUGUAAAGCUCAGUACAAUGGGAUUGAUUUGCAGAUGCAGGCCACAGUUUUGAUGUAAAUAGGGUAAUUAAGAAUGUGGGAAUGGGCAAAGAGGGAAGGUUACAGAUAAAUUACCACAAACACACAGGUCAGACACAGUGCAGAUUUUCAUUCCUUGUUCUAAUUAGUUCAUUCCUUAUUUUUUUCUUGGAUUAUUGUUCAUAUCAAUUAUUGAAGUUACCCUUUACAGACUCCAAUGUAAUAUUUUUCAUUCAAGACCAAAUAGAAAAUUGUCCCCCGUUUAGUGAAAACCAUUUGUGCCAGCUACUAAUUCGUCUUAACAAAUUUUCCAUGCAUUUCUAUGAAACUAACAAAUAAGAAAACGGUAAUUGGCUGCAAACUAAGGAAAGGAGAGUUCACUCAACCCACCCGCCAUGGUAAGGUUGUUGCUGUUGCUCUCUGUGGUAUUGCGUACAGAUAUGAUUCUUUUUGGGCUCAUUUCACCCGAUUUGCAACAUAAUUUCGUUUCUUCUAAAUGGAGGGAGAGUCCAAGGUGGGUUGUACCUCGCCAGCAACAACUCCCCCACCACCUUAUACCCAUCCCUCUCCAAGCACCGCCGCAGCUGCUCCGCUUUCCCUGCCACGUCCUCCUCCGCCGCCGUCCCACCGAAUCUAACCACUCCAUACUUCUUCUCCGCCUCCUCCCGGACCACCACCCUCUCGUCCAGUGGCCGCGGCGCCUCCUCCGCCUUCCGGUAUUUCGCAGGCAAUAUGAACUGCAUGGUCACCGCCCUCCUCUCUCCCUCUCCUCCCCCGGUCGUCGUCACCACCGGAGCCGUCAUCGCAAUCUUCUCUGACGCCGCCUGCGUUAUCACCGGCGCCGUCAUCGCGAUCUUCUCCGGGGCGGCGUUCUGGGGACUCCCCAGAGCGCCGAUGUAGUUGGCCAGAAUGGUAAAGCCGCCGUCUUUGUUGCCGUUCAACUGGGCUGGAUCGUACGUAACCUCCGCGAUUACCGAGGAAGGGUAGCUGCGGAUCUCGUAGUCGUCGGUGGAUCGGAUGACUUCGAACUUCGGGGUUUCAACAUCGAUCUUCCCGAAAACCAUUCCCAUUUUGGGAAAUUUGGAUAAACAAGUGCGGAUUGUGAAUUUGAUCGGUUGAGUGUGCCUGGUAACGGGAUUUAUGGAGGAGGAGGAAGAUGAAGAAGAGAUGAGUUGAAGGUUGGGGUUGAAGCGUCGUUAAGAAAAUUGGGUUGCUAGAAGGUUCCAAGUGGAUCGAGGAGCUUCACCUUGCAUAGUGGAAUUGCAUUUCAGUGGCGGGAAGUGAAGGAUGGAUGGAUGGAUUACAUGUCUCCACGCUCUCUCUUCCAUCAACUAUUAUCGUGUCAAAAUAGGACUCCUCGUCAAUCCUGAUUAUAAACAUUUUUAUUCGUAUAUUAUUUUAUUCUUAUUUUUAUAAAAUUUAUGUGAAAUUAUCAACCUCACUCUUAUAAUUAUCUCGAUAAUUAGGGGACUUUUGGCUACCCUAAACCCUAAAUAAAAAUACCCUACAAUUUUUAAAAUUUAUAUUAAUGUAUGUUAUGUUAGUUUCCUCUAACAGAAUCUAACGAAAACACAAAAGAGAGACUAAAUUAUAAUAAAAAUUUAAAAUUUAAUAAUUAUGCUGAUAAAAUAAAAAUAUAAUAAAUAAUUUAUUAUAAAAUAUAAAGUUGGAGAGUAACAAUUUAAUUUACCUGAAAUACACUUUAUACUCAUCGAUAGAAGGAAAAAAAAAAAAAAAACACUGCAGUGAUCAUGGGGACCAUGGGUUUACCAGGAGCCCAAUCGCAAGUCGAAUCAGAAAAGUUUGAAAGGGCUAGGCCCAGUGGAGCUCUCUAUGGGCCCAGCCCAGCCCGAAUAAUCAAGGGCUCUCUUUCACCAUUCCCUCCCACACUAUAUAUAGGAGCUUCGAAGGUCGCCCCAGCCCCACACAUCUCUGGUUCGCGUUCGAUCUCUUGUUGUAGGGCUCACGUUUUUGUGUUUCCGCUGGAGAUCAAAUGCUUUAUUUCUUCGGAUCUCUUGAUCUUCUGCAAGUUACCUCUUCCGUUUUCCUUUACCAUGACUUUUAUUUUCUUGUGUCUUUGAUUCCGUAGUCAGAUGUACGUUCAGUGAAAUCCGUCACUCCGUUUCUGUUGUUGCGUCAUACUUGUCUUGUUUCGGUUUGUAUGAUAUUAUCUUUUGGUAUAGGAUCAAUGAUGUUCAAUGAAAACUGCGUUAUCUUUCUGUAAUUCCCGAUCCAGGGUUGAAGAUAGACUUAUCAUUCUGAGAUCCAUUUGCAAGAUUGUUCUUUUUCUUAAGUUCACUAUGUCCGUAAUUUUUUGCCAGUAUGUAUAUACCAGUGAUUACUUGUUUA